AUGUUAAAUUUAGAAGAACUUGAUUUAAAUCUUCUAGUUAAAUCUUAUAGAAAGUUUAUUGAUGGUGAUAUAUUAAAAAAAGAUAUUAUUACUUAUAUGCUACGAUUAUAUAAAUUUACAUUUAAUAUUUGUUCAAUCAUUGAUCAUCAUGAUCAAAUUAAUUUUUCAUUAAAUGAAUAUAUUCAGAAUACAUUUAAAUAUAUUUCUAAUAAUCAAAUAAUUACUUCUAUUGAUUAUUUUCAAGAAAAAGAAUAUAGUCGAUGUCAUAUUUAUUCAUAUCCGUAUAAAUGGAAAUUUUAUAAUUAUAUAACAAAUAAUUUUCGGGAUGGAUUAUUUACUAAUGUUACUCGAGUAUCAUUAUAUGAUCAACGUCCAUUUGAAUAUAAAUUUUUUCUUCGAAUUCAAAUAUCAUUUCAAUUUAUGAAAAAAUUAACAAUAAAAAGUCGAAAAGCACAAAAAUAUAAACAAUUUAUAAAAUCAAACAACAAUAAUCAAAUAUUGCCAAUUAUUGAAUAUUCUAAUCUUACUCAACUUGAUCUUAGUAACACUCAUGAUGAUUAUCUUGAAUUAUUUUUAUUUAAUACGAAUAUAUCUCUACCAAAUAAUCUUCAUCUUUGUGUCAAUUAUCAAUCACUCAAAAGAGUAACAUAUUAUUUUACAAGAUAUCAUUGUGUAAAACUUGCUGCUCUAUAUUGUGAUCCACUGAAUCAAAUGGUUGAAUAUAUAAAAAACUAUUUUCCUUAUACAUGUAUAUGUUCUACUGUUGAUUUUCGUUUCAUAAGAAAGAAAAGUUCACACACAUGUUUCAAUCGAUAUAUCUCUGCAACUACUUAA